UAAUCUAUUAUCAACUUUAUCGUUCUUAAUUUCUAAUAUUGUAAUAAUUUUAUAAAAAAAAAUAAAUGUAUCUAACAUCAUAAAGUUUUGAUAUUAAUUUAAACUUCGUAUAGUAUAAUUCAUCAAAAAAUUUUAAUUACAUAAAUUUAUCUUGCAUACCUUUAGUUCAACAAAAUGAGGUCGACUUUUGUUUUUUUUGUGCUAUUUUUAGUAAUGUCAUAUGGUCUAACCCAACACAUUGAUGAUAACGAUUUUGCCGAAUUUGAAGAUUUUGAUGAUGAUUUUGUUGUUCAAGAUUCUGAAGUGCUAGAAAAAGGUGCUAAAAGUAUUCAAAAUCAAAAUAAUGCAAGAGAUACUGAAAGUCCUUCUGUUUCAAAGUCUGUGAACAAGAAAGGUGGUGAAUUCGAUGAUCCGACUGCUGACGACGAUGAUGGGUUAGUAGAAGAUGAAGAAUUUGAACAUUUUCAUGACGAAGAAGAAUUUGAAGGGUUUGACAACGAUGAUUCGAAAGAAAUACCUUUAGACCAAAAAAUAGGCUUAGAUGGAGAACCUAAGCUAACAAUAUCGAAAGUUCCAAUUCACUUUAGAACUCAUUGGGAUUCAUAUUGGAUGGAAAUGCUGAUGAUUGCUGGUUUAACAACAUAUUUUGCUAAUUUUUUCCUUGGGAAAAACAAAAAUUCAAAAUUAGCCCAUCUUUGGUUAAAUACUCACAGACAAUUAUUGGAAGAAAAUUUUGUAUUAGUUGGUGACAGCGGUAGAUUGGAAAACGAAAACCCUGGUUUAAAUAAAGAAAGCGAAAGUUUAUAUACACUUUGGUGUUCUGGCAGAACUUGUUGUGAGGGAAUGCUAGUCGAACUGAAAAUGAUAAAGAGACAAGAUUUGGUAUCUUUAGUUUCUGGUAUAUUAAGACCCCAACAAGACCAAGUUCAUAUCAAAAUUGAAUUAUCAAAGGAUGUAAUGGAUACAUUUAUUUUUUGUAUUGCUAGUAAAAAAAGUGGAACAAAAAUGUUUAAAGAAUUAAAUGAUUUGAGCAAAUUUUGUACCUUAGUAAGUAAGCCAGAAGAAAAAUAUAGGAUGCCAAAUGGUUUUGUAGUUUUAUCGGAAAUUCCAGAAGCGACCGUUUCACUAUUAAGUGAUACAAGAUUUUCCGGUGCUCUUAGUAAGUUUACUAACUAUAUCGAUUAUAUUCAUAUAUCAGAUCAAUUCAGCGGACCAAUUCAGCAAGAAGAUCCCAACGUCUUAAAACAACCAGAAACAAAAAGAAUGUUGCUAGCAGGUUUCAAUUUACCAAAUGUUAGUAGCAACAAUUGUGAUAUGGAAUCUAUAAAGCCACUACUAAUGUUAAUUUUUUAUUUAUUGGAAAGACUGAAGCGGUUUCGCUUAUCAAAAGAAAGCAAAACCAAAGCUGAAAAAAAUAGACAACGUGUUGAAGAAGAAUUUUUGAAAAGUACUCAUGCAGCUCGAGUGGAGGCAGCAAGAGAAAGACGCGAAGAUAAACGAAAACAAGAAAAAGAAAGAGUAAUGGCUGAAGAUGAUCCGGAGAAACAACGACGUUGGGAGCUCAAAGAACAGAAGCGUCAAGCUAAGAAAAAAGCGCCAAAAAUGAAACGAUUGGCUGUAAAAUCUAUUUAAUUAUUGUAUGAGGACAUUAGUUUUUUUAAAAUAUUAGUUUGGUUUAUUGUAGAAUUUAAAUUGCAGUAAAAUAAGCUCUUAAUCAAAUUUUUAUUAUUUAACCUAUAUUUUAAAAAUUGCUUUUGGUUUUGUAUUUUGGAUUGUUAUAAAGCUUCACUCAAGAAAAAAUAAAGCAAUAUAAAGAGCGGAA